AUGUGGGAAGUUUUCAAGCAAGUGAAGAUUAACUUGCCCCUCUUGGAUGCUAUCAAGCAAAUCCCUCCCUAUGCGAAAUUUCUCAAAGAUUUGUGCACUCAAAAGCGCACUUCAAAAAAUCAUUUGCCAAAAAAAGUGAGGUUGACUGAAAAUGUUAGUGCUAUCAUUCAGCACAGCACUCCUCCGAAGUAUAAGGAUCCGGGUGCCCCCACAAUCUCUUGCGUCAUUGGUGACCGCAAAAUCGAGAGGGCCCUCCUUGACUUAGGAGCUAGUGUGAAUUUAAUUCCAUAUUCAGUCUUCAAUUAUCUUGCGGUUGGCAAAAUUCCAGCCCAUUGGUCCAAACAAGAGAGGGACCGGUUUUUCUCCCAAGUCAAGCAUUUCUUUUGGGAAGAUCCGGAACUAUUCAAGUAUUGCCCGGACCAAAUCAUCCGGCGAUGUAUUCCUGAAACCGAAUCAUGUGAACGAUGUCAAAAAGUUGGAUCCAUGUCCCGAAGAGACAUGAUGCCCCUCACCAACAUUUUAAUUGUUGAAAUUUUUGAUGUGUGGGGGAUUGACUUCAUGGGACCAUUUCCAUCUUCUUAUGGCUAUGAGUACAUCCUUGUAGCGGUGGAUUAUGUGUCUAAAUGGGUUGAAGCCGAGGCUACCAAAACCGAUGAUCAUAAAGUCGUGAUCCAUUUUAUUCAGUCUCACAUCUUUAGUCGUUUUGGUACGCCCCAAGCAAUCAUUAGUGAUGGCGGAUCUCAUUUCCGAAAUCGUUAUCUAAAAUCCGUCCUUGCUAAGUAUUCCGUCAUUCAUAAGGUUGCUAUACCUUACCACCCUCAAACGAGUGGUCAAGUAGAGAUUUCUAACCGGGAGAUUAAGCACAUUUUGGAAAAAACGCUUAGACCGGACCGCAAAGAUUGGUCAGUAAGGCUAAACGAUGCGCUUUGGGCUUACCAGACAGCUUAUAAGACACCCAUUGGCAUGUCACCAUAUCGACUUGUCUUUGGCAAAGCAUGUCAUCUCCCGGUAGAAUUAGAGCACCGUGCUUAUUGGGCCAUAAAAUGGUUCAAUUUUGAUCUCAAACAAGCCGGCUCUAAUCGUGCGUUGCAAUUAAAUGAACUUGAGGAAUUGCGUAAUGACGCGUAUGAAAGCGCAAAAAUUUACAAGGCAAAGACUAAAGCUUUUCAUGACAAACAUAUCGUCAAAAAGUCUUUUGCCCCGGGACAAAAGGUCUGGCUUUUCAAUUCCCGCUUGAACCUCUUUCCCGGUAAACUCCGGUCAAGAUGGGAUGGUCCAUACAUUGUCACUACCGUCUUUCCUCAUGGAGCAAUCGAACUUCAUGAUCCUGCAAAUGGAUCACUCGGUCCAUCAAACGCCUCCAUUUCAAGUUUGGAAAGCGUCGAUCCCAUCCCGGCCUUUGUAGGCUAUAAUUUGCUGCAAAAGGUAUUCGUAAAAAUUCGUGAGCCAACAAUUUUCACUCCAAUGGCACCCAAAGCAUCUUCAAAGCGUGCUCGCUCAUCCGAGGGGCCUUCUAAUGUGCCUCCCACGGCAAAUUGGGCUGAUUGGCCAAUCGAAACCGAAGCCAAAUUCAACAUUGAAAAUGGUUUCAAAAAUAAUCCAGAGACGUCGGAGAUCAUCAAGACCACCAUUAAUGGCAAGGCUUUCGAAUUUACCCUUGAUGAUCUUGCUGCGGCUUUGGCUUGCCCACAGGCAUUGCCGGUGGAUAAUACGGGCCUGCCCCUAUAUGUUGAAGCUCCAACUCAACUGUCAUUAUUGGACAUUGUGGGGGAGAUUUGCCACAAUCAAUACACUGGGUUCAGGCCCCCGCGCCAUGAGGAGAAAAAAAAAGAUGUGUUUGAUUACACUCUUUGGGUCUGGAAGUCGAGCACUGUCCAGCUUAAGACGUCCCGUCAGGCCCGCAUUGGGGAUGCGUUGGAUUGGGGUGCGCCGGCUCCCCCUGUUCAUGAUGCCCCCGCUGCUCUAGCUGCCCCUGUUGCACCACCUCCGCCUGUCAUGUCCCAAACUCAUUAUUAUAAUCUCAGUGCUCACCUUGAUGCAUUUCACAUGCGCCUCGAAAGUAUAGAGAACAGCAUUAAGGUGACUCAGGAGAGUCAGCAGGUUUUGAAAGACAGGCUCUAG